AUGCAGGCACAAUCAGAAUUUACAGCUUAAAAUGAUCAUUAAGAGUCUAGUGAUUUAGGAAACGAUCAGCAGGAAUAAGAUAUGCUUGAUAUUGAUGAUGAUAUGAUCAAUAUUGGUGAUGAUGAAGUCCAAGAAAAUGAAGAUGCUGAUAAACAGCCAGAGUAAGAGUAGUAGUAAGAAAUUAAGGGAAAUUAAUUAGAUGAAGAAGAAUUAUUGAGGAGAAAAAAAGAAAAAGAAGCAGCAGAAAUAGAUAGGUUAUUCUAAGACUUUGACCCUAAAAAUAUGCCAUCUUUUCAUAAUAGUGAGAGUGAAGACGAAGAAAUAAAAUAAGAUAAUAAUUAAAUAUAGAAAUAAUAAGUGAAACAGGGUGCAAAUAACUAAUAGUUAGUUCCCUAAUAAAACUAAGAAGAAGAAGAGGAUGAUUAAUUUGAACUUCUCUGCAAUUAGGUUGAGGCUGAGUAGGUUAAGGACCAGAGAUAGAAAGAUGUGAAAAAGAUGCAAAAAAAGCUACAGCAAAAGUAUGAAAACAUCAAGUAAGAGAAACUCAAAAAAUAAGAAACUGAAAUGGUUCUUUAAGCUCAAGGCUUGAAAGAGAAGUAUACUGGCUUGAUUUUUAAAAAUAGACUGUUAAAUGAGGAGGAUGUAGACAUAUUCACUAGAGCCAGAGAGUUUAUUCCUAUUGAAACUUUAGACACUACAAUAUUGGAGAAAGAUAGAAUUGGGGAAAAUAAAAAAGCAACUAUAAGGUCAUUCUUUUCAAUAGGUGUGCUGGUUGAUGUGUCAGGACCAUUUUAAUCAAAAAGUAAUAAGAGAUAUACUAUAUUAAGAGUAACUGACUUGGUUAAGUAUAAUAUGUCAGCUGUUAAAAAGGAACUGACCAAAUUGUAUGAAGGGAAUCCAGAAGGUCUAAAAAUUGCUGAGAAGAGCUUCAAUAGCAACGGCUAUAAGACUAUUAAGCUUAUGGCUUUCGAAGAUGCAAUUGGUGAAACUACAAAAAUAUAACAAGGGACUAUAGUGGGAUUAGUCAAUCCCAAACCUAUGAAAGCCACAGUGGAAUAUGGCUACUCUUUCUGCAUCGAUGCUUCUGCCAGUAUAUUUAGAAUCGGAUACUCUCAAGAUUUCAUUUACUGUCCAGGUAAAGGUAAUAUGACCACCAGUGGAUUUGUGAAUCCAAAUGGUGUCUAAUCUUGUAAAUACUUCUUGAAUAAAUCUGUUGAGCCGAUAUGCGAUAUCCAUAGAAACAUGGCUGAGUAGAGAAUAUUAGAGCGCGUUAGAUCUCAUAGAAAUAAUAUGAUGUCAGAAGCUGUAGACGUAAAUCAAGUGACAAAAAGGUUACUUAUUGAAGAAAGAGAAAGAAGGAUCGGUGCUUUUAAUAACAAUGGUAUGAGGUAGUUUAGAAAGGGAGGAGCUGGCCCAAAGUAGCAUCUUUCACCCAAGUCUUAAAAAAUUCUUGAAAUUCAGAAACAGAAAGAAAAAGAGCAGUUUGAUAGCUUUAUGAAAGAUAGAGCUGGAAGAGCUGAGACAAAGAAGAUAGAUUUCUUCAACAAUAUAAGAUGCAAAGAAACACAAAUGCUCGGAAAAGGCUAGCCUUUAGUUUCUUAGGGAGAAAACGAAAAGCCAACAACGAAGGAAGUCAACAAGUUCAUGAUGCCUUUCAACAAGUAAUAAUCAAUUAACAUGAGUUCUCAUAGGACGCAACUGCAAAUGUUGAAUUAAAAUACCCAAAGUAAAGAAUCGUUAAGUAAACCACCUGUCAAAGAGGAAGAUGAGGAUGAAUUUGAACUAGAGUUUGUAGGAGGUAAUAAAUCUUUAGGUGAUAAGGGUGGUAUACCAGCCUCCACAGCUGGUUUCAGUUUGAAAAAUCUACUAGGCGGAAACCUGAAAAAUGAUAAAAAAUCUACAUUCUCUGAAAAAUUUGGAAAUGAGAAUAAUCAAAUCGAAGCAAAUAAUGCAAAGAGAUUCAGAUAAAAUGAUAUAUAAUGA